CAUUUCCCCCCUCUCCCCUCACGAGGCCCCACCCUCUCACCCUAGGCCGCCGAGAGCCUGCCGGCUAGUACACGUACGCGCGCCGGAGUCGGCCCUCCUAGACACGUGACUCCCGACUCCACGCUUCCUCUGCUUCAGCAGCUACUGCCAGAAUAAGGCGUUAUGGCUUCCGCCAUUCCCCACGCUGCUUGUCUCUCUCCACUCUUUCCCCUUCUCCUGUUCCUCCUGUUUCUCUCUGCUCCGCAAGGCGGCAGCGGCCUGCACACCAAGGGCGCCCUUCCCCUGGAUACAAUUACUUUCUACAAGGUCAUUCCCAAAAGCAAGUUUGUCUUGGUGAAGUUUGACACCCAGUAUCCCUAUGGUGAGAAGCAGGAUGAGUUCAAGCGUCUGGCUGAAAACUCAGCUUCCAGCGAUGAUCUCUUGGUGGCAGAAGUGGGGAUCUCAGAUUACGGUGACAAGCUGAAUAUGGAGCUGAGUGAGAAAUACAAGCUGGACAAAGAGAACUACCCGGUCUUCUACCUCUUCCGGGAUGGGGACUUUGAGAACCCAAUCCUAUAUAGUGGGGCAGUUAAAGUUGGAGCCAUCCAGCGCUGGCUAAAGGGACAUGGGAUCUACCUAGGUAUGCCUGGUUGCCUGCCUGCAUAUGACACCCUUGCUGGGGAGUUCAUCAGGGCCUCUGGGGUGGAAGCCCGCCAGGCCCUCUUGAGGCAGGGGCAGGACAACCUCAAAAGUGUGAAGGAGACUGAGAAGAAGUGGGCAGAGCAGUACCUUAAGAUCAUGGGAAAGAUCUUAGACCAAGGUGAGGACUUCCCAGCAUCAGAGAUGACCCGAAUCACCAAGCUGAUUGAGAAGAACAAGAUGAGCAGUGGGAAGAAGGAAGAGCUCCAGAGGAGCUUAAACAUCUUGACUGCCUUCCAGAAGAAGGGGGCUGAGAAGGAGGAGCUGUGAUAAAGCACACUAGGGUUUGGUGGGAGUGGGAGGGCUCAGUUACCUGCUGGCUGUGAGACCCACCUGGGAUAUAAUGGAGUGCUAGGAAAAGUGGCACUAAACAAAUCUGAAUGUGCCUGGGUACCGAUGCUGUUGUGAUCACACUUGGGACAUCUCUGUAACCAGUCAGGUAUAGCUGAAGCAGUUACUCAGAUGGCUUGUGAAAUCCACACUCAGAGGGAAUUGGUGCUAUAAAGAAGAGUAUACUGCCCAGGUUCUUGACAGGUAUAAUUCUGAUCCAAUUAAAGUUUCUGUGUUUUGGUUAAGUGGA